AUGUCAGUAUUAAAGGAGCAGUCUGGGAUUGUGUCAGUGGCAGGGCAGAAAUUGGACCAGGAGAUAUCAUGGACUAAGACACAGGGACAGGCUGUCUCCUUCAGCUGCAAAGACAAUGACCAGUGUACAACGUUUGUCUACUGGUACCAGAAGAAAGAGGGAGAACCUUUUACCUUGAUUCUCGACAUCCAAAAGGGUAACUGCGCUGUCGAUGCAAGUUACAACCAUCCUCAAAAAAAUGACUUCUCAGCAACGAGAAUGAAUAACAACUGUGAUCUAAAAAUCCAGUCAGUUAAAGUCUCCCAUUCUGCCACCUACUACUGUGCCUGCUACAAGGGAAUUUUCACUGUGUAUGGUUAUGUAUUUGGCUCUGGUACGAGACUGUUUGUGACAGACAAUACCGUACGAAAACCCAAAGUGACUGUCUACUCAGAGUCCAACCCUGAGUCGAAUGUGAACACCCUGAUAUGUCUGGCUGGAGACAUGUUUCCAGACUUGGUCAAGAUCUCAUGGAAGAUGGAGGAUGAAAACGGCAGAGCAGUCGAGGUGCCUAAAGCAGAGGGGGAACAGCUGGAGCAGAGGGAGGAAGGAGAGACGACCAGUAUGAUCAUCAUUGAUAAAGAGAAAAUGUACAGGAACAAAUACAUCUGUUCUGUGGAGCAUGAAGGGGGCCCUCAAGAUGUUUACAUGCUGAAAGAUAAACCAACUGAAGCUCCGCCAACCACUGUGGCUGCACCAACCUGUCCGUUCAGAAAUGACACGCAGCAGUCUCAGACUCUACAUCUUACCGAUGAUUCCUUCCCGUCAACGUUUAGUCUGAACCUGGCCUCUGUGGUCUACACAGUGAUGAUAGUGAAGAGCAUGGUGUACUGCUGUGGGCUCUCUAUCCUGCUGCACCACAGGCGCUUGGGAAGAGGACCCAGCACCUGUAGACACAUUUAUUGAAAGGAUACCCCCCCCCCCCCAUGUAUGGAUGGAGUUGU